AUGGAUGCCUCAGGUGCUCAAGAAUAUGACAGAGUGCAAGAAUUGAAGACUUUUGAUGAAACAAAAGCUGGUGUAAAGGGAUUAAUUGAUUCAGGAGUGCAAAAAAUUCCCAAGAUUUUUGUAAGACCAGCUGAAGAUCUGGCUAAAGAUUUAAAUUACAAGAGGGCUCAAAUAGAAGUCCCUGUGAUUGAUUUGGAUGAUCUGGAGAAAACCCAUAGGCAUAAACAGAUUGUGGAAGAAGUAAGGAUUGCAUCAGAAACAUGGGGAUUUUUCCAAGUUGUGAAUCAUGGAAUAUCCUUAAAUGUGCUCGAUGAAAUGCUUGAUGCAAUACAGAAAUUCAAUGAACAGGAUGCCGAGGAGAAAAAGAAAUACUACACGCGGGAUAAUACUAGAAGGGUGAGAUUUAGCAGCAAUUUUGAUUUGUUCACAUCAAGGACUGCUAGCUGGAGGGACUCAAUGGCUAUUUCAUUUUCAGAUCCUGAUCAAAGUAUAUCCGAUGACUUGCCAGCUUCAUGUAGGGAGUCAGUUAUAGAGUACUCGAAACUCGUUAAUAAUUUGGGAAAUAUUCUGUUUGAAUUACUAUCGGAGGCUCUUGGACUCAAACCUGAGCACCUAAGAAACAUGGACUGUUCUGAAGGAUAUCGCCUUACCUGUCACUAUUAUCCAGCGUGCCCUGAACCAGAACUCACUUUGGGAAUUGCAAAGCAUUCAGAUCCUGGAUUUCUCACCAUUCUUCUACAAAACCAAAUCGACGGUCUCCAGAUUUUCUUCCAAAACCAAUGGGUUGAUGUUCAGCCCAUUCGUGGAGCAUUAGUAAUUAAUAUUGGAGAUCUUCUCCAGCUGGUAUCCAAUGGAAAAUUCAGAAGCAAUAAGCACAGAGUGGUUGCCAAUCGUCUUGGCCCAAGAAUUUCCAUAGCAUACUUUUUCUCUGGACCUAUAAACAUGGAUAACGUUUUCUAUGGCCCCAUUAAAGAGUUGAUAUCAGAAGAAAAUCCUCCCGUAUACAAAGAGGUCCUGUUGAGUGAUUAUUUAAUGAAGUUUAUCACUGCUGAACUUGACGAGAAUUUUCUUGUUAAUUAUUGCAAGGGAUGA